AUGCUAGGAUUUGCAGCUAACAAGAAACAUGAUCCAUUAUUGUUUGACGUCAGAUUGAAAAGUUCUGAAAAGGACAUCAUCUUACUGCAGGGGCCUGCGGAGGAAGCUUCGUCUGUCUUCCUUUCUGGUGCUAUUGUACUUUCUGUGAAUGAACCUAUACAGAUACGAUCAAUCUCGUUGCGAAUGUAUGGGACUAUUAAUUUAAAUGUACCGUUAGCAUCUGAAAAACAUCCGGAACAUCCCAGAGGUUACAUCAAAUACAAGAAGAAAAUUUAUCAGCAUAACUGGGAUAACUUGAAUAUUAAAAGCUAUAUCCAGGAUUUAUACCAUAAUUAUGGUAAAAAUACUAGUAUUGCCAGCAAGUCUUCAUCCAAUUUAGCUGCCAUGAGAAAUAGAGGAAGAUCCUCAUCUUUGGUAUCUACAGCAAGUAGUUCGAGUGGAAUAUCAAAUUACCAUACUUUAGUUAAGGGGAAUUAUGAAUUUCCCUUUAGUGCCGUUCUGCCAGGUUCUCUGAAUGAGAGUGUGGAAGGAUUGCCCUAUGGUUCACAUUCUUAUACCAUCGAGGCCGUCAUUGAAAGAGAUAAAUAUUCUACAGAUCUGUCCUGUAAAAAAAAUAUUAGACUUGUAAGAACGUUAAGACCAGAUGCUUUGGAAUUACAUGAAUCUGUCGUUGUAGAAAAUACUUGGCCUGCCAAAGUGGAUUAUUCAAUCUCUGUUCCAAGCAAGGCAGUCCCAAUUGGAUCUAUUGUCCCUAUCAAUAUUUCUAUCAUCCCAUUAACUAAGGGUUUGAGGUUGGGACUCAUUAAGAUUACAUUGUUGGAAAUUUUUCAACUCAUGGGUAACCCAGGUACAUUUACCAAGCAUGAAAGAAUUGUUACCAAAAUGAAGAUAAAAGACCCUAAAAAAUAUUUAAGUCAAUAUUUAGAGAAUGAGAAUUACGAUAUGGAGAACUUGCAAUUUCAAGACAAAUGGGAAGUGGAUAUGGAAUUGCCACUUCCGCCAAGUUUAUCGAAAAGUACACAGGAUUGCACAAUCCUGAGGAAUAUUAAAGUUACUCAUAAAUUGAAGUUUGUCAUAUGUUUAAUCAAUUCAGAUGGACAUGUGAGUGAAUUGCGGGCAUCUUUACCUUUGGUUUUGUUUAUAUCUCCAUUUUUGACACUUGGUGUCAAUACACUGGAUAACGUGGAAGCAAAUCCAAUAAAAUACAGCCAUGACGCAGAGACUAAUAAUUUGGUUAAUUCAUCAAUCUUUGGUGAUGACAAUUCAAGAAUAUUUACCACAUCGGCUUCCAAUAUGGAUUUGUGCAUUGCAAAUUCAGAAAUUUCAUCUGAGACUCCAAUGUGUGAUUUAAUGGCCCCCCCUAAUUAUGAAAAGCAUGUCUUUGAUAAACUUUAUAGUGGCAAUUCAAUUAAUAUUCCAGAACAUCAUGAAUCAUCUUCAAUUGAUUUACCACUCUCUGUGGACGCAUUACAAGGACGUGUUAGAGGAUUAACUAUAGAAAGUCGGAAUUCAAACGUUCCUUCCAUAAUUGUUGGUGAUGUUCCAGAUAAUCAUGAGGCUACGAGUAUUGAUGGAGAUAACAGGGAUAUUGCAAGCGUUGACAGCCUAGUAACAUCAAGAAGAUUGUCGAACAUUUCAAGGAAACGGUUUAGAUCAAAUACAAUUUUGUCUAUAGGGAGUUUGAAUGAACGUAACUCGAUACUUACCAAUUUCUCUAGGGAAAGCUCGUUUACAACUUUAAACCACCAUUCGAUGGGAACUAGAGGCGAUUGGGAAAUUAAUAGUCUAAGUCAAGUGCCUUCAUACGAUAAUGCGUUAAAAGAAGAUAUAGUUGAAGAUGAAUUACCUCCUGAUUAUCCUGUUUCUGCAGGUCUAAACCCCAAUAUAAAUAUGGACUUUUUACCACCUUCUAGGCCACAAAUUUCGCAUCAAAAAUCAUCACUUUCUUUGGUAUCUAAUAAUACUGAUGGCCUAAACAUCACAACAUCUUUGAAUAGAAGUAAUAAUGCUUCUAAUGUCUCAUUGGAUAUGCUUUCAAUGAAUAGUUCAUCUGCAUAUCUGAAUGUUCCAAUAGGUACAAAUUCUUCAACGGCACCAUCAUCGUCAUCCAAGUUUUUCGGUAUAAAUUUUUCCACUGGAUAUGGUUCCAAUAAUUCAAAAACUAAUAAUGAAGAUCUGGCACUAGAAAUAAAUGGGCAACGUCGUGAAUCAAACAAAACUUCAUUCGCGAAUAUUAUGGGAAAAAUUACUAGAAGAGAUAAGAAGUAA